AUGAAUUGUGAACUUCUGGCAACCUGCAGCGCUCUUGGAUACCUAGAGGGAGACACAUAUCACAAAGAAGCUGAUUGUUUAGAGAGUGUGAAAGACCUGAUCAAGUACUUACGCUAUGAAGACGACACCCGUGAUGUCCGCCAGCAGCUGGGUGAAGGCCACAUUAUAGAACACGACCUUCUGCCUAUUAUCAUUCAGCACGGACAUGACAAGUCCUUAUUUGAUGCCUGCAUACGGCUAAUGGUGAAUCUGACACAACCUGCUAUGCUUUGUUUUGGGAAGGUCCCUGACGAUCCAGUAUUUAGCCACCACUUUUUGCAAGUGACCUCUCAUUUACAAGCCUAUAAAGAGGCAUUUUCGUCUGAGAAAGUGUUUGGUGUUUUAAGUGAGACACUUUACAACCUGUUACAAUUGGAAUGGGAGCAGAGGCAGGAAGAAGACAACCUUUUGAUUGAAAGAAUUCUGCUACUAGUCAGGAAUGUGCUUCAUGUACCAGCAGACCCAUUGGAGGAAAGGAAAGUAGAUGAUGAUGCCAGCGUCCACGACAGACUGCUCUGGGCUAUUCACAUGAGCGGCUUCGAUGACCUAGUGAAGUUCUUGGCGUCGGCCCAGAGUGAGCAGCAGUGGAGUAUGCAUGUGUUGGAAAUCAUCUCCCUCAUGUUCAGAGACCAGACACCAGACACCCUGGUGAGUGCGGGGCACGCUCGCUCAGCAGAAGAGAAACAGAGAGACGCUUCGGAGCUGGAAGCACUGAGGCAGAAGGAGCAGGCAGAGAACCGUUCUCGCACACUGCAAAGAGGAUCCAGACAUUCACGUUUUGGAGGGUCCUUUGUUGUGAAAGGCCUCAAGGCAAUCGGAAACAAUGACGUGAUUUAUCACAGGAAUGUUCACAAUUUCAAAAACUACACCCAUGACAUGGGUAAAGCUGUGAGACGCGUUCCUAGGCGGAAUCGACAGGCCAGGGAAUGUACGGACAAACGUCGCUCGGCUUUAAACGUUCGACUUUUCCUGCGAGAAUUCUGUGUGGACUUCUUAGAGAACUGCUACAAUCGUCUCAUGUACAUCGUUAAGGAAAGCUUGAUCCGAGAGCAGUCUCAGGAGCAUGAUGAGACCUACUACCUGUGGGCGCUCAGCUUCUUCAUGGCCUUCAAUCGCGGCAACAAUUUCCGCCCCGAUCUAGUUUCGGAGACCAUGUCCACCCGCACGUUCCAUUUCAUGGAGCGUAACAUAACCAACUACUACGAGAUGAUUUUGACCGACCGCAAAGAGGCCACUUCCUGGUCCCGCAGGAUGCACCUGGCACUUAAGGCGUAUCAAGAACUGCUCAUGACUGUGAAUGAGAUGGACAAAUCACAAGAUGAAAGCGUCCGCCACAGUUCUAAUGUUAUCAAAAGUAACAUAUUCUACCUAAUGGAAUAUAGGGAGAUAUUCCUGACUCUUCUGAGAAAGUAUGAUGGGACCACACAGCCUCAAUCCUACCUCAAAGACUUGGUUGAGUCAACACAUCUUUUCCUGCGUAUGUUAGAGCGCUUCUGCAAAGGGCGCAAAAACCUAGUUGUGCAGAAAAAGCGUGUUAAGCGGAAAAAGUCCAAAAAAGAUACAAAUCAGACGGUUGCAGAAAGGACCCCGGAAGCUCUGGCAGAUACCUGGAACACUGUAGAGGAACAACUGAAGGGUAUAAAUUUCCAGCUGUCAGAGUCUUUAACUGAGGGCAUCGUGCCGUUUGACGCCACAUCUGAAACUCCCCUGGAGGAACAGCGGACUGAGGCCAUGGUGCGGAUGCAGGAUGCUUUGCAGGGUCAAUUUGGGCCAAAAGCUUUGGCGCUCCUCAGGGCUGCCAGAGAGGUGUGGCCUGAGGGAGACAUUUUUGGCUCAGCUGAUGUGGAACCUGAAGAAGAACUGGAACUCCUCAAGCAGAUAUUGCAUGCAGAGCUGCCAAGGUCAGCUCCAUCUUCUGAAACUCAAGCUGACGAAGAUGUUGAAGAUGAUGCAGAUUUAGAAGAGGAAGAAGAGUUGGAAGCAGUCCAGGUUUCUGAAACGGAGUUCAAAUUUCUGGACUUCAUCAAGAAAUUUGCCAACCCCAGUAUCUUGCGGCCCUACCUGUUCUUGCUGAAAUCUUACUCAAAAAACACGCCUCACACAAAUCACUGCAUCGUUCGAAUGCUUCACCGUGUGGCAUUUGACCUCAAAAUGGACGCCUUGUUGUACCAGCUGUCAGUCUUCCAUCUCUUUAACAAGCUCCUGAGUGACCCAGCUGCCUCAGCUUACAAGGAGCUGGUCACCUUUGCCAAGUAUGUGCUGAGCCGUUUCUUUGCGCUGGCAGCCACCAACAACAAGGUCUUUGUUGAACUGUUGUUCUGGAAAAAUGUUGGCGCAGUGCGUGAGAUAACUGAAGGCUACGGCAAUGAUGGAGCUGAGAAGAUGCCAGCUUGGACUGAGGAAGAAGAGCAAGAAUUGCGUAAUCUUUAUGAAGAACACCGGCACUCGGAAGUGCCAGACAUUGUCGAAACUCUGCUGUCGUUGCUAAGCAACAGUACACGCACGCGGAGGCAAGUUGUUGUCCAGAUGGUUCGCAUGGGUUUGGUGGACAGCGCUAAAGAACUGAGGAAACCCAAAAAAGGUACCGGGAUAGUUCUUUGGACCAAAGAUCAGGAAGAAGAACUACAGAUGCUCUAUGAAGAAUACAAAGACUCCGAUGAUGUGCUUGGCAACAUCCUGAAGAAGUUGACAGCCAAGCGCUCUCGUGCACGCAUUGUGGACAAGCUGCUUAGUAUGGGCCUUGUGUCGGAAAGGCGAGAACUUUACAAGAAAAGGAGUCGAAAUGCUCGACCAAAAAGUUCUGGUGCACAAAUGAGUGAAGAAGAUUUCCUAGCUGGAAUCACUCAGGAUUUCUCGGAUGAGCCUCUGAACAGAGAGGAAGAUGAGGAUGAGUCUGAAGAGAGUGAGGAAGAAGAAGAGCGGGAAAUGGAAGAAAGUCAUAACAGCGGCAACGGGAGGGCCCAAAGCCUCGUGUCUACUGGAGAGAGGCAAGCUGAUGUCGGCGGGAUGGUUUCGACGCUGCACAAGAAAGGCAUGUCUGAUGCUCUCGAGUGGCUACAACGCUGUCUGAACCGCGCAGCGGAUAUCCGGGAGAAAGAUGGCUUUUCCCAAGCCGCACCGCUUGUCCCUCUCAGUGAGGUAUGUGAAGAUGCCAUGGAAGACAAGAGCUUCCACAGGCUGCUGCACAAACUGGGGUUGCGUGCGCCUGCCAAUGAACAGGAGAGAUUUUGGAGAAUCCCAGAAAAGAUCAGCCCUUCUCAGCUCCGGAGUGCAGCUGCAUCUCUCAGUCAUAACCAGGAGGAAUCUUCUGGUAAAAGUGUGGAGAUACCUGUGAUAGAUAGCCUGUCUGAAGGACUGCAGGAGGAGAAAAGGGAGGCCUCCGAUUCACAACGUGCAGAUGCGUUGAGAGCCCUAUUACUUGCACGCAAGCGGAAACAGUACUCCAGCAAGGAUGAAGAAGGUAUCUAUUUACCCUCUACCGAUGACGCAGAUAGUUCACUUGAGAGGCCCAAAGAGAAGACAUCUAAAAGAAGCAGAUUGUUGGACAAUGACGAGGAUGAAGGUAAUAAUUCCAGCACUGCAGUGGAAUUGGAUGCAAAUGGUGAAGCAGAUUCCGAUGAAGAAGAGAUUUCUGUACCAGUGAAGCGUCGGCGGAAAAUGGUAUUAAUUGAUGAAGAUGAGGAUGAUGACUAG